AUGGCCCCACCUUGUUGCAGUGAUUUCAGUACAGAUAAGAUGUUUUGGGGUGCUGUAAGGAGUGGGACUCCAACUCCAGCUUCGGAUGCUGAUGUUACCACACUGAGAGAUGCAGCUGCCAACGUUCCUCCCCCUCAUGAGGUGUCCAUUGAGAGUCCUGCAGGUGGUACCAUCCCUGAAACUGAAGAUGCAGACACAACUAUCAAUAAUGAGAUAAAGAAGGAGGAUGAGAAUCUCAUGAGGCCUGUAACUGAGCGGAUGAUUGAGUUCAGCAUUGUGAUUGUUGGAGAAAAGUACAGCGAGGAGCUGAGUGACCCAGACACCGUGAAGCGUCAGCUGCUCUCUGAACAAUUUGUUUCUCAGAUCCAAAAGGUAUUUGAAGGACUACCUGGAUACAAAAACAUCCGUGUCCUGGAAUUCAGCUCUCCUGAGGAGGACAGUGGGGUGGAAGUGCACUAUGCUGUUACUUUUGAUGGAGAAGCCAUCAGCAAUGCCACCUGGGACCUGAUUAACCUUCACUCCAACAAGGUGGAGGACAACUCCUUUAUGGACAUAGAGGAUAAUCCAACAGUUGUUUACACCAUCAGCGAUUUCCAAGAUUAUAUUGCUGAAAUUCUCCAGAAAAAUGCCUUGCUUGAAAACACUUCCUUGAUUUUAGACCCAAACUCUCUCCAACUUAUUAAUGUGAAAGAAAUACUACACCCUACCCAAGCAGAUCCAUCCUGGAUUACUGAGCAUCCAGGUGUGUUGGAGCGUGCGGAGUUUGAUGAUAACACCUUUUUAGCUGAACGGCCUUCAGCAGAUGAAUCAACGGUCAGCAAUACCUUGCCCUUUGAUUCCACCAAACCAGAUUCCACUUCAGAUAGUGAAGAGUCCAAUGACAAUGAAAUCCACCGAAGACCAGCAAAUCAGGACUCUGAGGCCAGCUGGACACCUGAUGCUCCACUUUCCUCCGAAGUUGAUGUCACCUCUUCGCCUGAUGAGCUGAAUUUAGAAGAUGGGAAUCAGACUCCUCCUUUGGUCACUGCACCAGCAUUAGAGCGUGAUUCUGUGGACUCCCUGGAAUGGCUGUCAGCCCCUGAUUCUUCAGAUGGGUUUGAAGAUACUGGGCUAUCAGAAGACUUUAUUCUGCCUUCGAGUCCCCCUUCUCACCUCGUGCCUGAAGAACCUCCAUCUACAGAUGAUUACGUAGUUCCCCUGUCUCCUGCAUCAACAGUGGCCUCCUCGUCAGUCACGGAGACUGAUACUAAAGCAACAGCCUCUGCUGAGGUGGAAAAAGUAACUCAGGGUAGUCCUGCAGACAGUAACAAUGCAGACUCUGUGUUGCAUAAUUCUGUGGAAGAAAAUCCUUUUCCCUCAGAACUACACCCUGUAGAAGCUGAAACUGAUAUUUAUCUCGGAGAUAGAAUUACAUAUGAAGAUGGGUCUGGUUCAGCUUUUGAUGGUUCAGGAAAAGAAACGGAAUCAAGUAUUUGGCCUUGGGAAGAAGCAACGCUGGAACCUGUUUUCUACCCUGGUCCUGAUAGCUGGCUUGAUGAUGAUAAUGAGUCUUUGUUAAUCAGAACUGAGGAUAUUCCUGAAGGCCUGAUCUUAGAUUAUAUUCUUAACUCUCAGAAGAAAUUAGAUGAUGAUCCUUCCAAAGAUGAAAAUGAAGGUAUGGCUGACAUAGAAGAAAAUUUUCUUGAUGAAUCUGAAAUAUUUGUCUUUCCUGAGACUACAACUCAGCACGUAUCUCUGCUUCAGACAGAGGAGCCACUACCUGUGGAGCCAUCUACACAGACAGAAGCAUCGAGCACAUACGAUUCUUCUUUUGUUAAACCAGUCCUCAUUCUGGAGCCAUCAGAGGACUAUUCCUUUGUAGACAUGCCAACUGGAGAAGCCCCUGUCUCAACACACAACACAGAUGUGUCUGUUGAAGAUGAUAGUCUCCUUACACCUGCAGUACCCCUCAGUAUGGACAAUAGUCCUACAUCUACUGCAGCACUCAGUACGGACAGUAGUCUUACAUCUACAGUAACCCUCAGUGUGGACAAUAGUCUUAUGCCUACAGUAACCCUCAGUACAGACAAUAGUCUCACAUCUACCGUAAGCCUCAGUGUGGAGCAACCUGAAGAGUCCAGUGUAGGUCAGGAGAUCGUUUCUGAGGCAGUUGAACACCAGCAUGAAGGCAGGCCAACAUCAGAAGAACUGUUCACAGCAGGGCAGUCAGAUCUGACUGAAUCUGCUACGAUAGGCUACUUGGACACAAGCAGUUCAGAAAGUAUUCUGACUGCAGAUCCUUUUGUGGUGAACACUGAUACUUCCACAGAAGAGCAGCAAGCCCUGGACACAUCUUUGGCAGGCCAAAACACUGGCUCGGCAAUAAAGAAACCAGCUGAUGUUUGGCCUACUGACAGAGUGCUAGAAAAUAUAUUAGAUCAGACAGUAAAAUCAGCAACACCAACUGUAGUUGAAGCUGCAACUACGGUUCCUUCUGUAACAGAGCAGGCCACUGUUCUAGAGGGUGUUGCUGGACAGGGUGGUACAGACCACAGCACGCUUGUUUCCACGAGCAUCAGCACUGUUAGGAACUCCUACGUAACUGUGAGCGUCACAGCAAACAUCGCCGAGCUUCCAUCCAAUCUCCCACCAAUGGGAUCCACAGCGUCACCAUCGGUGGUUACCUCAGCAAAGGUGGGAGAUGAAACAGCCAGGGUCCUGGAUGUGUCAGUGGGGCUGGAUCACGUCAGCGUUGUCAGCUUUUCUCCUGAGCCGAGUGAGGAGGGAAGGAGCCUGACUGACAGUCACGUGGAGCUGACCACCCGUGCCCAAUCCACAGAGAUGGCCAGCGUGGCGUGGGCCACGCGUGAGAACCACAACAGCACUCCUAUCCCAUCACGAGCUCUGGUCGUGUUUUUCAGUCUUCGGGUUACCAACAUGAUGUUUUCAGAGGACCUGUUCAACAAAAAUUCCCCUGAAUAUAAAGCAUUGGAGCAACGAUUCUUGGAACUGCUGGUGCCGUACCUUCAGUCAAACCUAACAGGCUUCCAGAAUCUGGAGAUCCUGAACUUCAGAAAUGGCAGCAUUGUGGUGAACAGUCGAAUGAAAUUCGCCAAACCCGUGCCUCGGAAUGUCACCAAUGCUGUGUACAUGAUCCUGGAAGACUUCUGCAACACUGCGUAUCACACCAUGAACCUGGCCAUCGAUAAAUAUUCCCUGGAUGUGGAAUCAGGUGAGCAAGCAGAUCCCUGCAAGUUCCAGGCCUGCAAUGAGUUCUCCGAGUGCUUGGUGAAUCGCUGGAGUGGGGAGGCUGAGUGUGUCUGCAAUCCCGGCUACCUGAGCAUCGAUGGGCUGCCGUGCAACAGCAUCUGUGAUCUGCAGCCCAACUUCUGCCUGAACGAUGGCAAGUGCGACAUCAGCCCCGGGCAAGGCGCCAUAUGCAGGUGUCGUGUAGGAGAGAACUGGUGGUACAGAGGGGAGCACUGUGAGGAAUACGUGUCUGAGCCCCUGGUUGUGGGUAUUGCCAUUGCUUCUGUGGCAGGGUUCCUUCUUGUGGCAUCUGCUGUCAUCUUCUUCUUGGCCAGGACCCUUCGAGACCAAUACACGAAGAGCGACACUGAGGACUCUCAGGGGCAGGGUGACAGCCUCUCGUCCAUUGAGAAUGCCGUUAAGUACAACCCCAUGUACGAAAGCGAUACGACUGGCUACAGCCACUACUACCGCAGGUACCCUCAGCUAACAUCCUACAGUUCCACCAGCGCAGACACGUCCACCGACUACAGCAGUGAAGAGAUAAGGCACAUUUAUGAAAACAGUGAGCUUACAAAGGAGGAAAUUCAGGACAGAAUUCGAAUUAUAGAGCUCUACGCUAAAGACCGUCAGUUUGCAGAGUUCGUUAGGCAGCAUCAAAUGAAGCUGCUUUAAGAAAAAAAAAAAAAGGAAUCAGUAGAAAGCAUGUGGGAGAUAAAGACUACCUUGUUGCCAUAGCAAUGGGCUCAGAUGUAACUGCAAAGUUACUUAUAGUCUUAACAUUGCAUGGAUGGAUACAGAUGUUUUCUAAAUGACUGGCUGAAAUGUACAGAUGUCUGUUUAUCUCAAUUACCUCCGGCUUUUCUGCGUAAAGUGACAUUUUAAAGAGGUGAUCCGAAGUGGCAGAGGUUAUGAAAGUUCAUUUUCUUUAACUCUGAAAUGGACAAUGUGAGUUUGUAUACCAAUGCAAAACAAACAAACAAAAACAAAACAAAACAAAAAAAACAACAAACAUACAAAAAAAAAGAGAAGAUACAUGCACAAACUAAAAAUAAAAUGCACCCUUACAAUUCCUGUCUGGCAUUUAUCCCCUUCACUGGAGCCUACUGUAGCAAUGGUACAGGUAUAAAGCAGUAGUGGGAAGAGCUCUUUAGUUUGCACAUGAAUGGUUUGUAGGAGAGAACCGUGAUGAUAAAAUGGUGUCAGCAUUAUUGUAAAGCAUUCCUGUUAUAAAUACAACCCUAACCUCACUGCAGAGGCUGUUAUUUUCUAUGGCUGCCUGCUUUAACUUUUGUCAGCUGGCAUUAGCAAAACAGAACCCAGUACUGGAAGGCUCUCCCCAAACACUAAGCAUCACCGCUGACGUUCAGUCACCACAUCUGGUGCCUGAGCAAGGCAGAGCUGUAAUUCUGCAGCAUCGUGUUGUUAAGUCGAGAUAGUUGGCUCUCCAGCUGCUCCUGACAGAGACACAAGCUGGGGCACAAAAGGGCUUCCAUUAUAACAAUAUUCUGUAAAGGUUAAGUGACUAACAUAGAAUUUUGUUGUACAUAGACAAUUUGUUGUUAAUAUGAGUUGUUUAUCUGUUAUUUAUUUCCCUGACAGCUUAUUUUCAGAGUGCACUUAAUUGUUGAAAUAGGAAGAUUAAUAGUUUAACGACGAAAUGCUAGUGGCAUUGGUGCCCAUCUUUUUAAAAAUUGUAUUUAGUGUUUACUCCACGUUGAAUUCAGCCAACUAAUAGUUAAAUUUUCUUUACUGAACUGGGCAAUAGCCUGCGGUGGGCUGUGUUUCAAAAUCAGGCUGUGGUAUUUAAAUGGAUGCAUAUUUGGUAGAUGGCAAUUUUUUUUAUUGGGAAAAACAAACAAGCAAAAAACCCCAGCUCUGGUAAUCUCAGCUUCAUGGCAGUCAGGGUAGAAUUUCUCCAGCAGGAGCAGCCAGCCUCAAACAUUUAAAAAUAGCUGAACCGAGAGGGGUUGCGUGUCCUGAGGUACAGAAACUGAAUUUUAUCUUGAAGUUAAGACAAGAGUUUUGACUGCAUGUUAAGGUAUGUGGGACCUCUGCUCAGUCACCAAAUCUGUUGUUAAGGCACUAACAUUGCAGUCAGGAUUAAGGCACAAAGAGUCUCAAAUCAGCCUCUACCUACAAAGAAGGCCAAGGUAACUGUUAUCUUUACCAAGAUAAUUAUUUGUAGUUCUCAGCCCAUGUGUGCCAACAGCCAAAUGAUACUUAUUAAAAUUCAACAAUAGUGAGACUUACUUACUUGUCUAUAGGCCGCAUAUCUAAACCAGUAAAGAUUUCAGUGUGAUUCCUCUUCCUCUUCUGGAGAGCCUCGCUGGAUCAUUUGCAUGGUGUCUUCUUGCCUUGAGUAGCAGGCAUGGUCAUCAGAGCCAUGAAUCUGUCAAACAAAUGCGUACAUAAAUCACUGUAAGUCCAAAUAACACCAGACAGCUGAAAGCAGUACAGUGCAGCUUCAUGUUGUUGGGAUGUGAUGUUAUCAGGCAGAGCUUACCUUGUGCUGUGUGACCCUGGGCUCUUAGAGCAGCGCAGCGCUGGUCCGGACUUCGUAAGGCACAGCCCCACUCUUGCAGGGACAUGGGUGAGCCGUCCUGGGACACUGAGGCCUCGUGGUCACCACCACUGCACAGCGCGGGGAGAUGCCAGGCUUGGGGUUCGCUUCUGUGCAGCUGGGCUGUCAGUCCCGGGGAGGUUCUGCACUGCCUCUGCUAAGCUGGGUACGGCAGCUGGGACCAGGCACCUGCUACAAGGUAUUCAGGUAUUUGCUGGGCACAAGCUGAGGAGAUUAUCGGUUAUGCUGAGCACAAGGCAUUUUGUUGUAUAUACAGUGUAUUGUUCCUUUUUGUGUGUAUACAUAUAAACAUAAUGCUAUCUUAUUUUCACUACAAUAAAAAUACAAUUUCCAAAA